CGCGAGCUCUAACUCCCAACUUCAACUCAGCGCCGUUAGCACAGCAACUUCUUUCCUUCUCUUUUCCCUGAAAGAAAAUCCUUCCGUUCUUUAAAAUAACGCUGCAAUCCCACGACUGACAUGUCUAACUCGCUGUCGGCGGCAUCUUCUCCCCUCCUUCUCCACCAAGGUGCGUCCACUCUUCACCUCAACUCCUGCUGACGACGCUGAAGACUUCUCAGCAUGUUGCCUCUGGCCCACUGGUAUAUUUGCCUGAAGCAGCACUGAGAGAAAUGAAUGGAAAAGCUUGCAACCUCCUGGUUUCUCCCUCCAGCAUGCCUCAGUCUCUGGGGACUAUUACAGGGCAGCAGGUUCCUCACAUCCGAGUGCAUGCUAGUAGCUCGGGGGUUUCCUCAAAUCAUGGCACCCCAGGCCCAGGUACUGGAGUUUCGACAUCUGGAAGCACAGUCCUUCUACCUGCCCUGAGUCUGCACAGGCAAGUGUUGACCAAUGGGAAGCACCACAGCACCUUCAGUGUUCCGCAGUCGUCAUGGAAACAAGCAACGUCCCCUCCUGUUCCUCCCACCAACCCCAGUGCAGUGAGAUCCAGUGGCCUACAGAGUGGUAUCAAAGGUUCUCAUAGAAAACUACUGGGACAAUGUGGCAGAUCAAACCUCCAGAUGACGAGCAGUGCUAUGGUAGUCCAGAGUCUGAGCCCAGUGUCUACAGCGACUGUGCAGUCCUCUGCUGGCCACUGCCCUCCUCAUUCUCUGGGCCUUUUUGUACCCUUCACAGAUGCCAGGUCCGUGCUGUCCAGAGAGUCCCUGGCCUCCACCACCCUCAGCCUUGCAGAGAGCCAGUCGAUACGCAGCAGCAAGCUGGACUGGCCUUACGGCUACCGUGUUUUACCACCGCUGGGGGAGCAGAACAGCAUCAGUCAGAUGGCUGAAGGGAUGGAGCUACUGAAUCUUCCUCCAGGCACGUCCAUGUCUGGAGCCACCAGUAUCUCUAACCCGAACUCUCUCCCUGCUUAUCUGUUUAAGGAGGACACCAACAGUCCCCGCCAUUCUGGCCGUUGCAAGAAAAGAGCCCUGUCCAUCUCGCCUCUGUCUGAUGGUAUCGGCAUUGAUUUGAACUCCAUCAUCCGGACCUCACCCACCUCAUUGGUGGCUUACAUUAUUGGUUCCCAAAAUUCUCCAGCUUCCCAGCCCACCUGUUCACCCCUGCAGUCUGAUGUAUGUGGACAUUUCCUUGGAGUCAGAGGAAGCUGUAUUCCCAAUGCUAGCUUUGCUAACUCUAGUGCAAAAGUCAGUUCUUCACGAGGCCAAGGCUUAACCACUAACCCCCACCCCCCUGACAGACUGAGCGCCUGCAUGCAGAGAUUGGAAGAAGGGGGUGCAUGCAACAGCCAAAGAGGAGGGACUAAUCUGGUAGUGGAACAUCAGCUUCUACCUGAACAAGAGAUUAUCAUUGCAACAGCAGAACAUGUUCCUUAUAGUAACUUUGCAAACUCUCCACAUCCCCAGUUUGCAAUGGCAGCCAUUGUCAAGGCUUCUAGCCCUCCUAGGGGUCCUCCACCACCAUAUCACUCACACCAUGUACAUCGAUCACCUGGUGGUCACCUGGGGCAUGGUCAGAACCUUGCAGAUCUACACUCUGUGCCUCAUAUGGACAAUCCCAGUGUUCUGGGACAGUCCCAAGCUCUAUGCCCUAUGCUGGAGGAAGAAGAGGGGGAAGUCGAUGAUUUUAACGGUGCACACUGCUGCCAGUGGUUGGACUGUAGCGCCACCUACAGCCACAAAGAGGAGCUAGUCAAGCACAUUGAGAAGCUGCAUGUGGAUCAGCGCAAAGGAGAGGACUUCACCUGUUUCUGGGCAGGAUGUCCCAGGAGACACAAGCCUUUCAAUGCUCGUUACAAACUCCUAAUCCACAUGAGGGUACACUCUGGGGAGAAGCCAAACAAAUGCACGUUCGAGGGCUGUCAGAAGGCGUUCUCACGCCUGGAGAACCUGAAGAUCCACCUGCGGAGCCACACCGGAGAGAAGCCUUACACGUGCCAGCACCCAGGCUGUCAGAAAGCCUUCAGCAACUCCAGCGACCGAGCCAAGCACCAGCGCACACAUGUUGACACAAAACCGUACGCGUGUCAGAUUCAAGGGUGUCUGAAGCGCUACACAGAUCCAAGCUCCUUGCGCAAGCAUGUCAAAUCACACUCCACAGAGCAGCAGGCCAGGAAGAAGCUGAGAUCCAGCACAGAGCACUACCAAGACGGACUCUCAGAGUGUUUAACUAUACAGCCUUUGCAACACAGUCUGUCACCACUGGAUGUAGUUGAUAGCAAGUUGUACCAGUCUCCUGGUCUAGCCACUGAGCUGUAUACAGACGUGUUCUCCCUCAACCAGUCCGGCCAAGUGACCAGUCUACAGAACCCCAUGCAGUGUCCAGCGGUAGGUCAGGCUCAUCCCCCUCCCAGCAGCUCCCAUCACCCACUGCCUCCCUUACCUCCAGCCAACAGCAGGUUUGAUGCCCCAGCAGCACAGCAGCUGAACUGCAGGCCAGCCCACCAACCAUCUUCAGCUGCCCACUCACAUCACCACAUGGUGGCAGCCCAAAAGACCAGCAGAAUUCCAAGAUACUCAGAACGCUCCACAGCUUCCCUCCCUCCUCACCAGGAUGGUUUUCCCAGUCAUGGCCAGACGGUGUGCUCCCCUUCAUACAGUGACUCACCACAGACAGCGAAGCAGAUAUCCUCCUGUUCCAUGAUGCAUUUGGCUGGCUUUGAGGACAGUCUGGGUCCUUCAGUCACGACUCAUCAGGAAAUCGACCUGAUCCACAGAGCUCUGUCCAGCAUCACAGUGUUGGAUCAGCAGAUUAUAUCAAAGGAUACCUUGGAGGAUCGGGACCCUUCAGUGUCAGAGGACAACUACCUUCACAUACGCACUGUGGAUCGAUGCCCGAGUCAGCUUUCCUGUGUCUACACGGAGGGGUGAAAGCCAGCUGGCGAAAUCUUCUGUCCACUUGAUCAUUUGUUUAUACUGAUGAAUAAUUUCUGGUUUUCUUUCUGUUGUUUUUUUAUUGAUCACAGAGUCAAAUAUGUGAAAAGAUUUUUAAAAGAACUUGCUCCUUGAACCUACAUCUUUAAUUCUCAUAACCAAAAGAGCCAGUGUAUAAAUUUCAGUCCCAUAUUGCCAACAUAUUUUUUAUGUAGAGAAUAUGAUAUACAUACAUACAUCCAUACAUACAUACAUACAUACAUCCAUACAUAAGUUUAUUUUGUUCAUACUAUGAUCAAAGUUGCCAUAAUGUGAGAGAAGUUACUCCAAAUGUGUCUGGAAAAGCAGGGCAUUCCGGAUUUCAUUCCCGAUUUUCACAGUGUCCCCUCUCAGCUGAGUAUGUGAAUAAGAAAUAAAAAAUGCCUCAAGUUUCCACAUUAAGUGGUAAACCUGUUCAUAAUGAAUACUAAAAUAUCACAGGCUGCUUAUUCUGGUUAAUUUAGGCCACAGUUGAGAUUUCACAGCUUGGUAUCAGUGUAUCCUUUAAAACACUGGCAGUGGUUCUAAAUGCAAGGGUCAAUAGUCAGGAAUUGAAAAGGCCAACAGAAAAAAUUGCAUUGAAAAGCUGUAAUUACUAUGUUUAGCAUCACUGGUAGUCAUGGAGCCCAUUUUUAUGGUGGCUGCUAAUGGAGUUUACCAGUUUAAUUUGGGAAAGGAGGCGUUGUAAUCAUCAAGAAUCAGUGGGGAUGUAUCAAGAGGUUCGGCUUCUUCGCUCUGACCUAAAGAAACCAAAAGUCCCCACUUAACCUGUGCUCCUUUUAACAUCCAUUCAUUUUGAACCACUUCUGAAGGUCACAUAAUUUUGGAUUUCUUUUGUAAGUACCUCUGAUGUGCUUUACAACCUCAAGUUGUGUUCCAUCACACCUAUCAGCAGCACAACAGGAGGUGGAGGGCUAAAAAUAAGGAGUUUAUUGACAACAGCAGUUUACAAGAAAUUCCACCAACAUCUCUCAAGUUAUGCAGUAGUCAUGCUUUGAAAGGGAUGAGGCAUUACAGGUAGUCUGUCUCAUUUUUACAGCUGUGUCUAUAUUAAUCAGUUCUUCCCAUGUCUUCUAACUCACGUUAGGUGUCUUAUCGCAUUUAUAGGCCUGUAUAUACCCAGAAUUCAAUGCACUAGACACCUGUUGAGCUGUGCAUACAUCUGAAAAAGCGGGAAUCUACUGGAUUGGGUUCAUCAUGAGCCAAAAAUUGACUUAGAAAGCAUUGUUUGUGGUUUUAAUACUGAGUAGUUUGAUAUCCUAUAGGUCUCUUAUUUCCAUCUAACAUGUUUAACUCUACGUCUUGGCAUUUUCCAUUGUCUGUAAGUGUUUUCAAACUAUUUCUGUUUUGAGAAGGUAGGCAAUUAUUUAAUCUGUGCAACUGUCACAGAACAAAACACAUUAAACACUAUAUUAAACUUUUCUCACUGUGCCUUAAUCA